AUACUUAAUGUUUUUAUUACUAUUACGAUUUAUAAAUUAAUUGCUUCAAACAUUAGUAAAGAUAUAAAAGGAAAGUACUGAAUUAUAACAAAACUACAAAAUUGUAUGAUUCUAGUAACGAUGUAGGUACUAUAAAUGCUGGUAUCAACUACUUAAACUAUCAUCUAUCAUCUUUGCGUAAAAAAUUUAAAUAAAUUCUGUGAAACUGAAGUCAAAGUGGCUUUUCUAUUAUUUGAACAAGAUAUUAUUUAUCAUGUUUACUACUGAGUGCGAAUCGAUUAUCGUUUUCACAAUUUAUAUAUUGAUUUUGCCAUAAUUAUUUUGUCACUCAGUCGUUCUUUCACAUCAAAAAAUUUAACAGGUUAGAUAAAUUUCAUUCACCUGUGCUAUCAAGUUUUAAAUUUCAGGCUUGCUCAGUUUGCAGAGUUUUGGAAUGAAGAACUUUUUUUACGAAAUGUAGCUGUAGUUAUUGCAUUGAACGAAUAUAACGAAGAACUGACCAUGCUCAACUACAAUUGCAAAACUGAAAACUGACCUUGCUUGCAAAUGCAGUUCAUUAGCUGAGAAGUCUGGAAAGCCACGAUGAAUAUUCGCGCCAUUCGAUGGUGUCAAAUAUUGGUGGUUACGAUUUGUGUUCAAUCGGUUAUCGCAGCUCCAGCAUGUCCCAAAUGUCCCUUGACCAUACCGGAAACUGUUAGUCUAUCGAAACGACUUUUUCGAAUUUUAGCCAGCUUCUUAAAAUGUCAAGCACCGGAUGUGGCCAACUACCUUUGGAACUAUACUGUUACAGAUACAAAUGCAACAGAUGCCUACACGGACCAAAACGGUUCAGAUCUAUAUUCGUGUAACUGUACAAAAGUGUUAACCAAUUGCACCACUUCGCCACCUGCUACAACAACACCAUCAACGUCACCACUCUCAACAGUGACACCACUUACGACAUCGUCAGGUACAACAACACCAUCUGUCACUACAACGGCAUCACCGGUGCCAACGUCACCCCCAAGUACACCAGUACCAUCAACCACAACAGUACCAUCUAGUGCAACUACACCAGCAGUAACAACGGCAUCACCAUGCUCAACGACGCCAUCCGUCACAACGUCGCCACCAACUACAACGGUGCCACCUAGUGCAACUACGCCAGCAGUAACAACGGAUACACCAUGUCCAACAACACCACCGGUGUCAACGUCACCCCCCAGUACACCAGUAUCAUCAACCACAACGGUACCACCUAGUGUAACUACAUCAGCAGUAACAACGGCAUCACCAUGCCCAACGUCACCACCAAGCACACCAGUACCAUCAACCACAACGGUACCACCUAGUGCAACUACGCCAGCAGUAACAACGGAAACACCGUGUCCAACGACGCCACCGGUCACAAUGUCACCAUCAAGUACACCAGUGCCAUCAACUACAACGGUACCACCUAUUUCAACUACGCCAGCAGUAACAACGGAAACACCAUGCCCAACGACGCCACCGGUCACAAUGUCACCAUCAAGUACACCAGUGCCAUCAACUACAACGGUACCACCUAUUUCAACUACGCCAGCAGUAACAACGGAAACACCAUGCCCAACGACACCACCGGUGCCAACGUCACCGCCAAGUACACCAGUACCAUCAACCACAACGGUACCACCUAGUGCAACUACCCCGGCCAUCACAACGGCACCACCAUGCCCAACGACACCCACCCACACAACAGCCGGAACAACUGCUUCUGAAACUACAAUUUCGCCACCGCCGUCCACAUGUGAGACCCCAACACCAGCCACUAACCAAACGGUGUGUAUAUGUGCCAACGCCUCCACAGUAGUUUUGUAUCCUUCCUCAGAAAAGAAAGACGCUAUUCCUGUAAAACUAAACGAAUUUCUGGAAUGUAUAUUUAAAUAUUUAUUAUAAAAAUAGCAAAUAGUUGAGGGAGGAAGGUGCUUAUUUGGGUAUGAAGUAGACCAGUUAUUUAUUUAUUUAUUUAACUUAUUUAAUCAUUUAUUUAUGUGUUGUGUAUUCAUUUUUACAGUAUGCCUCCGCUUAAUACGUAGAAGUGUAUAAAGCAUCCAAUCAAAAUCAAGCAAUUAGAUCUCAAGUUUGAUUUUCAUAAAAAUUAGCGCCGGCCCUACCGUCAGUAGUCAUUAUCACACGCAGAAGUUAGAGUCAAGGUUUCAAAUGGCACUGCAACAAAUUCGAAAGUAUUUUUAAUUGAUGGAAACAUUUACAGAAAAUGUAUGCAUUUAGUAGUUGUUCAAUAAUAUUGUAUUUUGGGUGUCGUCAUAAGCGGAUUGUGUCGUUUUUUAUUGUCAUGCAAUAUGUGUCGUUUUUAUACGUAAGUUACUUUUUUAUAACUUAUUUAAAAAAAAAUGCUUGGUAUUGCUUAAACGAUGUUAGCGUUUGUGUUUCUGUGGUGAUAGCUUGUUUUAUUACUAGGCAUUUUGAACUUUAAUUGUUGUUUCCAUUGAGUUAGAUUUAGGUAUAUCAAGUCUGUUGUAGAUGACUUAAUAAUUUUGUAAGUUUUAGAUUUUUUAAAGCAAACUGGAUGCCGCCAAUGUGGCGAUUACAGAAAUUGAAGCUUAUGGGUAAAGCUAUA